AUGAAGUCCCAGCAGCAGCAGAGCGGCAGUAAGCGUCCCAGUAACAGCACACCUCCUCCCACUCAGCUCAACAAGAUCAAAUACUCUGGAGGUCCUCAGCUGGUGAAGAAGGAGCGCCGCCAGAGUUCAUCUCGCUUCAGCCUGACCAAGAACAGAGAGCUGCAGAAACUACCUGCACUCAAAGACUCACCGCUGAUGGAGCGCGAGGAGCUGUUUGUGCAGAAGCUGCGUCAGUGCUGCGUCCUGUUCGACUUCGUCAGCGACCCGCUCAGCGACCUCAAGUACAAGGAGGUGAAGAGAGCCGGCCUCAACGAGAUGGUUGAGUACAUCACGCACAACAGCGACGUGGUGACCGAGUGCAUCUACCCCGAGGCCGUCCUCAUG